AGUACUCUCUGGGUCCUUUUUAGACAAAGUGCAGGCACAUGCAAUCCACCACCUAUCUUUUGAUAAACAGGCUUUUCCUGGCAGGCGCUCAAUCCACUGAGGCACUUCAGCCAGGGAGGCUUAGCCCAUUUGAAUAGAGGCAGGUGCCCUUGCUGAAUGGACCUCUGGCAAAGCCGCCCAGGCUCCAAGCAGAACCUCGGCCUGAAAAGAAGGAUGGGUGCUUUCACAGCACGUGACUCCUGCUCUCACUUCUGUCCCCCUACUCUCCGGCCCCCCGCUAAAGAAAUUGUCCAGUGUAGGAUGUGCCACAUCCAGUUUCCAGGGGACAGCUGCUUCAAAGGCCGGGGAGUGUGCACUGUGACAGAGGAAGAGGCUUGCACAACCGGGAAGAUUUUCAAAAAUGAUGGUUUUCUCUGGCUGACCUUCAUGGGCUGCCUGAAGAACUGCGCGAACGUGAACAGCAUACGAUGGGGCGUCUUCAUGGUGAACUUCAGGUGCUGCCGGAGCCACGACAUGUGUAAUGAGUCUCUGGACGAUGUUAGGCUGACCGAGCCUCCAUUCGUUAUGUACGAUGGUGCCGCGAUUUCCUAAAUAAGCACACUUCCAACUGAGAACCCGUCCUCACCAACACUUGCCAUUUUCUGCUUUUGUGAUCGUGUAGUGGAAUCUCACUGUGGUUUCUACAUGAUGUCGGGCCCUGUGUAUGUCUUCUUUGGAGAAAUGUCUAUUCAAGGCCUCUGUGCAUUUUUAAAUCAGCAGGUUGCUCUUGCUGCUGUGCUGGGGGAGCCCUUUCCGCGCCCCGAGGACUUACCUGCUGUGUGGUUUUUCUCUCCACGAGUGGCCUGUUCACUGUUGAUCCCAUCAUUUGGUAGACAGAAACUUUUGAUUUUGAUGGAACUCAAUUUAUCUGUGCUUUUGAUGUCAGAGCCAAGA